AGGAGCGCUGCGGGCGGGGAGAUGUCCGCCCCGUACGGCAGCCUGGUGCGGUACCUGUUCCCAGCCCUGCUGCUGCACGGGCUGGGAGAAGGUUCUGCUCUCCUGCACCCCGACAGCAGGACCUACCCUCGGUCCUUGGAGAAGAGUGCCUGGAGGGCUUUCAAGGAGUCACAGUGCCAUCAUAUGCUGAAACACCUUCACAAUGGAGCCCGCAUCACCGUACAGAUGCCUCCCAAUAUUGAGGGCCAUUGGGUCUCUACUGGCUGCGAAGUUAGAGCGGGCCCGGAGUUCAUCACAAGGUCUUACAGGUUCUACCACAACAACACCUUCAAGGCCUAUCAGUUCUACUACGGAGGCAAUCGCUGCACCAACCCCAUCUACACCUUGGUCAUUCGCGGCAAGAUUCGCCUGCGGCAGGCGUCCUGGAUCAUCCGCGGCGGCACCGAGGCCGACUACCAGCUCCGCAGCGUGCAGAUCAUAUGCCACAACGAAGCCGUAGCCAAAAAACUGAGCGAGUUGGUGAACCAGACGUGCCCUGGAUUUAUCCCAGGAGAUAGUCCCUGGGAGCACAAUGUGAGCUAUGAUUUGCUGAGAGAAGAGAACGGCUGUGAGUGCACCAAAGCUCUGAAUUUUGCCAUGCACGAGCUGCAGCUGAUCCGUGUGGAGAAGCAGUACCUGCACCUCAAUGUAGACCACCUUGUGGAGGAGCUAUUCCUGGGAGACAUUCACACUGAUGCUACUCAGAGGAGGUUCUAUCGGCCCUCUAGUUACCAGCCUCCUCUCCAGAAUGCCAAGAACCACGACCACAAGUGCAUCGCGUGCAGGAUCAUCUACCGCUCGGACGAGCACCACCCGCCCAUCCUGCCCCCCAAGGCGGACCUGACCAUCGGGCUGCACGGAGAGUGGGUGAGCCAGCGCUGCGAGGUGCGGCCGGAGGUGCUCUUCCUCACCCGCCACUUCAUCUUCCACGACAACAACAACACCUGGGAGGGCCACUACUACCACUACUCCGACCCCAUCUGCAAGCACCCCACCUUCACCAUCUACGCCAAGGGACGCUACAGCCGCGGAGUCCACUCGUCCAAAGUCAUGGGUGGCACAGAGUUUGUGUUCAAAGUGAAUCACAUGAAGGUCACUCCCAUGGAUAUAUCCACAGCCUCGCUGCUCAAUGUGUUCAACGGGAACGAGUGUGGAGCCCAGGGAUCCUGGCAGGUUGGGGUUCAGCAGGACGUCACCCACACCAACGGCUGCAUCGCGCUCGGCAUCCGCCUGCCUCACACCGAGUACGAAAUCUUCAAGAUGGAGCAGGAUGCCCGGGGCAGGUACCUGCUCUACAACGGCCAGAGACCCAGCGACGGCUCCAGCCCCGACCGACCCGAGAAGAGAGCCACUUCCUACCAGAUGCCUUUAAUUCAGUGCACCUCAUCAGAGCCCAGACCUGAAGAGUCACACGAGGAGAAUAAAAUCAGGCUCUACAGCAGCAGGGCACCAGAAAAAUAUCGCAGCACCCCAGCUCUUGCUCUGUUGUUUAUUUGUACUGUGUCAUAUUGGGACAUUCUCAGCUAGAAGCGAGGAAAACUUCUUUUUCAUGACUACAGAGCCAGGAUUCCACCAGACUGGGGGUUGUUUUUCUUCAGACAGAAAAGGACAUUUAUUUUCUUGAUGCACUUGAAUGCCUGAGAACUGUUGUUCUUUUCCUUACUUCCCUCUUCCUCCUCGAAUCCCGAACGGCACUCGUUUGAUGUUUGUGCUUUGAACUUCAUCCAGUCUGAUCCCUGGCCUGACACGACUGCACAAAAGUAAUUGCACUUUAGGACUGCAGACUUCGGGGGGGAGGGAAGGGGUCUCCGUUUAUUUUUUUUUUUUUAACUGCUGGGAUGAACUCUAUGAUCCUGCUUCAGUCAUCUCUGCCAUCUUACUGUUGUGGUACUCUUAUCCCCAGUGCCUGAUUUCUCAUCAGAAUUUAGCUCUGGGGAAGGGCUCGGUGUUGUGCCAGUACUGUGAUAGCAGCUUCCCCCUCUGACUUCACAGCUCUGAUGUAGAUAUGUAUAUAAGGAGGAAACCCACAAAGAUUUAUCUUGCCAUUAUCUCACAGCUCAUAAUACAGAAAGAAUCAGCAAAUCAACAGCCCUCUGUUCAAAAAGUGCUAAAUGGUUGAUACCCCUAAUUAAAACAAAAAUACUCCAAGUAAUUUAAGCUAUUUUUACAAUCAUUAAGUUGUAAAAAUAACCAGUGGUUUAGUAUUUUCUCAUUCAAUUAGCUUGGCUGUGUAAUUGCUUCGAGGCCUCCCUUUUUAUCUAGAGAGUAGCUACAAUGAAGCCCCCUCAAAGCCAGCCAGCAGCAGCAAUUUUCCUGUCAGAUGCACAGAGUGCAGGUAGCUGCCAAUACAAGGCUGCAGGAAAGACUUCCCAUAUUCCUGAGGCCUUACAUACUCCACGUGCAGUACUUGGGUCAGCUGGGUGGGCAGAGUAAAACAAAUGGGAUCUAAUGUGUUCUGCAGCCCUAUUUAGCAGCAUCUUUUUAGUCAUCUGACCUUGUGUAAGAACAGAGAAAAGGGUUACAGCAGCAAACACGCUGUGGCUCCUGGUAAAACAAGAAAGCAGCUGGAAACACCCCCUCAGAUGGAGGAACACCAGCCCAGUCUUAGAGAGGGAGGAGCAAGAGAUGCACUAAUGCAACCACGUCCUUCCUUUUCUCCUUGCUGAAGUGUCCCAACACAUGCCAUGGUUUCAUGGAGCUUAAAUCAGCUUGGUAUGGAGAGACACUGCUGGGAAGGUGGAGAGACAGCCCUCAGAGAGCAUUUGUCAACUAGAGCCUGCCCUGGAAACUCUCAAGUUCCCCUCAGUGGUGAAUACAUCCUUUUGUGCACUGAUGCAGGUCAGAGCAGACUCUGGAAGCAGUAGGGGAGAUGUUUAAGGCCAGCAAGGGGUUGGAAGUUCAUAGAUGAACCGCAUUCCCAUGCUUUAAUGGGGAAUGAACUGAGAACGUAGCUUAAUCGUGUGUUUGGGCUGUGGCUUUUACUGAUGUACACAUUUUGGCUCACAAGAAGAGCAGGAACAUGUGUAAGAAACAUAAGGAAAAAAGUUGUAGUGUUUCUUCACAGCAUAAGCAGCUGCUAGCUGCCCAGCCCAAUACUGUGUCAAAAAAAGAACCUUUAAUGUAUUAUUUUCAGUAUCCUAGGGAAAGUAUGUUUUGAAUGAAAGUCUUUCAACUUUACAUAGUGAGUCUUCAUAGUGACUACUAUAGCAAAAGCAUUCCUUGAAAACAUGGAUGUGACUUUCCUCAGAGUUGGAACAGAAUGAGUUCACCUAGUUUUGAGACAGCAGGAAGACAGAGGGAAGGAGCAGUAUCAUGGAUAGAUGCACUGCUGAGUCAGACCACAUCUUUCAUAUUUUUCCUCAGACAAAUAAAAACUCACAGAAAACUGUUACUUAAGAGUCAGGAAUGGAGCUCUGGUUGGCUCAGUAAUCACCAGACAAAGUAUUUAUCCAUCCUUUUAAUGUUAGAUCCUUCUUCAGCCUGUUGGAAGGAUCUGAAAGCCGUGGUGAAUUGAGCCCAAUGAACAACAGCUGUUCUGAUCAGCAUUUCUUGAUGUAUUUUUUGCUCCAUGCAGUCAAAUGUACUUGAAGAGCCAGCUCUGGAUCCGUUGCUGAUGGGGAGCACAGUUUUAACUAGAGGGUCAAGAAGGAGGCUGGAUGACUCUGACAGAGUAGUUAUGAACCAGCAUGGAGUUUGGUUUUCUCUAGAUUGAGUUUUAUAGUCAGCAGAGUGAUACCAGCAUUUCUGUAACUGGGCUACUGAGCUGUUACAGU